CUCCAGUCCCGGGGCUUAGACUUCAUGUCUAUUCUCAGCGAUCAGGAGAGGGAAGCGGCCGACAAGAAGGCAGAGGCGGAGGACAGGGAACUGAAGCGUACGAUGAAGAGAUUGGAAACGAUCCGAACAUUGCUGACGAGGGCCGGGAAACGGGUUCAAUAUCGGGAAAAGACUAAUAAAAAUCAAAAAGAGGGUAAUAUUAAUAGAGAUGAGCAGAACAGAGAUGUGAUUAUCUACUCCUCAAUGAUGGCCGCGCUGUUCAUCGCAUCCCUAUUGAGAGCCAUCACAUGGUUUGUGAUGUUUAUGAGGGCUUCAGUUAAUCUCCACAACACUAUAUUCUAUCGUCUAUUACGGGCCCCGAUAUUUGUGUUUGACAGCAACCCAGUUGGGCGAAUACUAAAUCGCUUCACCAAAGACUUGGGCAUCAUUGAUGAACAAUUACCAACCACUGCCUUUGACCUAAAUUUGAGUAUGACUCAAGGAUUGGGAGGAAUAAUCAUGAUCGCAAUUGUCAACCCAUACCUAAUAAUACCAGCAUUUAUUCUGAUUGUAGUGAUUGUAGCCGUGCGGUCCGUAUACAUCAAAUCAGCUAGGGACAUUAAACGGGCCGAAGCUCGGAGUCCAGUGUUUUCACACGUGAGCACUACAUUCAAUGGGUUGGCCAGUGUUAGGGCUUUUGGGGCGCAGGAAGUGUUUGAGAGACAAUUUUAUGUAUACCAAGAUGAUCACUCGGCCACCUGGAUGCUCGUCACCACUGCUAACCGUGCAUUUGUUGUAAUAUUUGCUGUGUUUAUGGUAUUUCCCGGUCAGUUGGGAGCGGGAGAGGCGGGACUCGCUUUAUCUUCAGCCCUAAUGUUGACGGGAAUGACUCAAUGGGGAGCCCGACAGUCGGCAGAGAUGGAGAGUCAGAUGACUUCAGUCGAGCGCAUCAUUGAGUACUCAAAACUACCACAAGAGGCUGCCCUCACAGCACAUGAUAGCCAU